GCACCUCUCUCACGUACACAACGUUUUGAUUGAACUUUGAGGUUACGAGGUUACGUUUAGUGUAAAUAGUUACUUUAUAAACCUUAUAAUAUUAUAUUUCGAAAAUAUUUCAAACAAAGACAAUAGGUUUUUUUUUAAAGAAUAAUUACAGUAUUUAUAAAAUGUUAAAUCUGAUUCUGCUCUGAGACUAGACUUUACUUUACGCUUAGACUGAAAAAAUCGAUAAAUAUGCGGGCCGACACGAAGUGCUUUAAUCGGAAAGCGACCGAAAUACAUGAAGUUGUCAUUUAUGAAAAUUCCCUUUCAACAACACUGCUGAACUGAACUUCACGUUUCGCGAGUUCUACCCACAUUAGAAAUGGCCGAAAAUGUUCAGGGAAGCGGUGGAGGCUCGUGGUCAAAAUGGCAAAUAGCUUUGGUUAUUGGUGCGCCAUUAGCUAUUGGAGCUACUGCUGCGGCCGUUUACUGUUACAGCAAAAGUGGUGGUGAUUCAGCAAAUAAAUGUAAGGACGGCGACGAGAAGAAGAAGUCCGGUGGGAGCGGCGAAAAGGCAUCGGUAUCGGCGAGUGGAGAUGGAGACCCGUCCUCGUUGCAACCAGAUCAAACUCCUCUUGAAAAAGCGCAGGCCAGCAAGAACCGAGGUAACAAGUACUUCAAAGCGGCGCACUAUGAUCAGGCAAUCCGUUGCUACUCUGAAGCAAUUGAAAUUUGCCCAGCAGAUAAGAAACAAGAUCUGGCAACCUUCUAUCAAAAUCGAGCAGCAGCCCAUGAGCAGCAGGGUAAAUAUGCAGAAGUAAUCGCAGACUGUAGUAAAGCUAUAGAGUUGAACCCCACCUACACGAAGGCAAUGUUCAGACGAGCUAAAGCUCACGACCACAACGGAGACAAACUAUUGUGCUUGGAAGAUACAACGGCCGUUUGCAUCCUGGAAGGCUUCAACCACCAGCAAGGUAUGAUGUUGGCCGAUAGAAUGCUGAAGGAGAUUGGUAAAGAAAAGGCCAAAGAGAGAUACAAGAAUCGAGUCCCACAACUUCCAAGUGGUCAGUUCAUCCAGUCUUACUUCUCUUCGUUCUCGAACGAUGGCAUUUCGCAGAAGGCAGAUAUGCCACCGGUGGAAGAUGGCCAGGAAUUACGGGGCUACCUGAAAGCAAAGCAAUUAUUUCAUGAUGGAUCAUAUGAUGAAAUUGUACAAAACUGUAUUGAAGAAAUAGAGUAUAGGGGCAAGUAUCAAUAUGAGGCACUUCUCAUGAAAGCGACGUUCUUUUUGCUGAUGGGGCAAGCAGAAUGGGCUGUGCCGGACCUGGACGAGUUGAUUAAGAACGAAGAUGCUGCUAAAAAGCUUCGUGCUAAUGCAUUGAUCAAGCGAGGUAGCAUGCAUAUGCAAGAGGGCAACUCAGCUGCAGCAAUGGCGGACUUCGCCGCUGCUGUUGAAAUUGAUCCAGAAAACCCCGACAUCUACCAUCACCGAGGGCAACUUAACCUGCUCUUAGAGAAAGUAGACGAGGCUGUGAAAGACUUUGAGAAGUGCAACGAAUUAAAUAACGAUUUCGGUUUAGCGUAUGCCCAGCACAGCUAUGCGAAGUAUCGCCUCGCCAUGCUGCAGCAGAGCCCCCUACAGAUGCAAAACGCCAUGCAGAUGCUGGAGAAGUGUACUACAAGGUUCCCAAAAUGUGCCGAGGGCUUUGCACUCUUGGCUCAGGCCCAGAAUGAACAAGGAUUGUAUGUACAGGCAGACGAUAACUUCAAGAAGGCAGUGAUGCUAGAGCCAGACAAUCCCACAGCACACGUUCAUAGAGGACUUUUGCAUUUGAAUUGGAAGAAAGAUGUAGCAGGAGCAAUAGACAUGAUAAAGGAGGCAUUGAAGAUCGAUGAGAAAUGCGACUUUGCAUAUGAAACCUUGGGAACAAUAGAAGUGCAAAGAGGGAACAUGGAUGCUGCAAAGGAAUAUUUUGAAAAUGCAAUCCAACUGGCGAGGACGGAGAUGGAGAUGACGCAUCUUUACUCGUUAUCGGUUGCUGCUGAAAUCCAAAGUAAAAUUGCCAAGAAACUAAACAUCAAACCACAAAUGCCAUUUACAUGAUCUUACAAUGUUUUUAUUCAGCAACACAUAACAUGAAAAGCUGUUUUAAGAGUUAAUACUAAAUGAUUAUAUAUCAACUCUUAAGACGUCCUAAAUGAAAGUUAUGUUUCCUGGCCGAUGCCCUCAACAUUAGGAACUAUGGCGAAUCCUAGAUUCACAAAAUUGUUAUAGAAAUUAAAUAUAAAUGAUUUGAAUAUUUGCUUCAUUUAAUGGAGCUACAUGUCUCUGUUUUGUGGGUGUACUAAGUAGUUACUGUUGCUAAAAUGGAUUAUAAAUGCAAGGUGUUGUCGCAAAGUGACUCGGUACCAGAAUUGAAAAGUGAUUUGUUAUUAUUCAGCUUAAUUUUGGUCUCUGAAUUAAGCUUACAGGUUUAGUAAAACUGGAAAAGGACUGUAUUUCACAUGUAUAAAACAUACUAUGAAAUAAGUCACCUUUAAAGAUAAAAAAAAUUUGAUAAAUUUCCUGUUGACUGUUUUAUAUAAAUUCUGGAGAAGCCUUAAACAUUUGCUUCAAAAACUACUUUAAAGUGUGUAAAUCAACCUUUGGUAUGAUGAAAUGUAAUCAUUAUCAUCAGAUUAUGUUUAUUUAUUUAUUUAUUGACAUUUGUUUACCCAGGGUAGCCCAAACAGUUAAAACACUUAUUUCCAUUGGGGCCCUGCAUUUAAAGCACAUGGUCGUAACCGAUUAUAUUCUCUUAAUUAGUGCCUCGUACAAUUUGUAUUUAAAUAUGUUUAGAGAAGUCGCAGUUCUCAAAUCGAUAUCUAAGUCAUUCCAUAUAUUCGCCCCGGUCACCUUAAAACAUGUUCAAUAUAUUAAAUGGAUAAACUAUACAACACGACUCAUUUUGUCACAAUACCUUACAAGUGCAAAGAUUACAAGUCCUAGAGCAUAUUUUAUUCUACUUUUACAUCUCUUUCAAAAAUUUGUCCCGUUUUGGAAAUGUUUAAAAAAAUUACAUGUUUUAACACUACACUAUCAUUAUGAUGAAAAAUUGAACAAUAAAUGAAACCUUUUAAACUUUGUUCGCACAAUCAAAUUUUAUUUGACAAACUGUGAUGUGCCCAUAUUUGUCGCAUAAAAUAUGAUAGUUUUGACAGAGCUUUACUUAAUGACUCCUUGACUUGGAUGGAUAAAUUAUUUUACUUCCAUAAAUAAUAACAAAUUAAGUUUUGCAACAUUUUAAUGUAUAAAUUCUUGUUUUUCUGCCUUUUGAAUUAAAUUGAGGGUAAUGCUGGAUAUAUUUGUAUAUCAGUUUUUAUAAUGGAAUUAUUAAUCACUAUCUAAUUAUUUCUUCAAUUCUGUUAAUUGAUGUAUUUGAUUUUUUUCAUGUGACCAAUAGCCAUCACAUACAACGUCAUGAAUAUUCAAAAAUGUUCAUAUAUGUUUCAAUGAUUUUUUAUCAUUUUGGUUAAUACAGUACAAGUUUUUAGACAAGAUUGGAAGGAUAGAGUAAGUAGUGAUUCAAAAAAUAAACAUUUAAUGAUGAAAUCACA